AUGUCUAUCGCCGCUCCAAGCCACUUAUUAUUCUCGUCGACUUUACCCGUCACAGGCGUGGAAAGUGUCAGACGUCUCCACAACGACAGAACAUCCCUAAUCAUCGACGCAAUUUGCAUCCGCAAGAGAGCAAUGCACCACCGAUCCCGAGCAUUCGUCGGUGUCUUUUUUGGUUCAAAUUACCCGCUUAACACAGCAUACGAUUUACCUACUCCAUAUUAUCGCACGAAAGAUGAGUCUGUCAUGGCACUAUCCGCCAUUUUUGCAGCUCUCAAACAGCUACUUCUUGGACUCGGCGACUCCAGGUUUGCUGAUAGGAGGGUCAAGACAGUGAUCAUUCGCACGAACUGCACAUGGACUGUGCACCUAAUCUCGAGCAGAGCUAUGCAGCGACAGAGCAAUUAUAGAGGAGGAGGUGCUGGACGGCAAUGGCAUGAUGAUCGGGCUCAAACUGCGCUUGCUAGACUUGCGGAAGAUUCUAUCCGCUCGGUUCAAGCCAAGGGCAUACAGAUAAAGCUUUGGAACAUGGAUUCAAACAUAUUGGCGGAGGCGACGUUGCUGGCGAAAGUUGUUGCGGGGCAGCGGUCGCAGAUGAAUGUGAUGGAAUUCAAAAUUUGGUUGCAAGGCGUUGGCAAGAAGUGUCGUGGAGCGCUAGGAAUCUUGAGGUGA